CCCUUCUCCAUCUUCUCAAGCCACCAUUACCCAUUCUUCCCUUCUCUCUCUCUCUCUCUCUCUCUCUCUCUCUCUCUCUCUCUCUCUUCCAUUUUCUUCUCCAUACUUCAAGCCAACCCAAUUUCUGAUUUCUAAAUCUUUGUUACAUAAGUCACACGCACACACACACAAAUCUUGUGCAUCUCCUUCUUCUCCCAAGUUUUUUGAUUCUAAAUUAGUCAUUUCUCACCCAUAACUUUGAAUUUUCAAAUAUUGGGCUUUUGGCUAAUUACCUUUCACAUUUAUAAUAUCAACAUCUCCAACCCCCAACUAGCCAAAAGGAGAAACAAUAAAUAAAUAAACAAACUUCUUCUUUUCACACUUAACAAGUUAACCCCAUCUUGGGAAUUUCUUUAUAUUAAUACCGCGAGAGAGGAUCAAACUUCUCAACUUCUCAUACAACCCAGUCCUUUCUUCAACAUGGCAAAUCAUGAUCAACCCAAUAAUAUUCAAGUUCAAAACCUUGAUGAUCACAGGCCAAAACUCCCAAACUUCCUCUUAUCAGUGAAGCUCAAAUACGUCAAACUUGGCUACCACUACUUGAUCACAAACGCCAUGUACAUCUUACUCAUCCCUCUCUUGGCCAUCUCCUCAGCUCACCUCUCAACUCUCAAACCCCAAGACUUCCUCCAACUUUGGAACCACCUCAAAUUCAACCUCGUAUCCGUCAUUCUUUGUUCGAGCCUCCUCGUAUUCCUCGCCACUCUCUACUUCAUGACACGUCCGAGAAAAGUCUACUUGCUUGACUUCUCUUGCUACAAGCCCGAACCGGCACGCACUUGCACCAGAGAGAUUUUCAUGGAAAGGUCUAACCUCACCAACUGCUUCACCGAGGAGAACCUGGCGUUCCAGAAGAAGAUUCUGGAAAGAUCGGGGCUCGGGCAGAAGACGUACAUGCCGGAGGCGGUGCUGAGGGUCCCGCCGAACCCGUGCAUGGCGGAGGCCAGGAAGGAGGCCGAGACGGUCAUGUUUGGCGCCAUUGAUGAGCUGCUGGAGAAGACUGGGGUUAAGGCUAAGGAUAUUGGGAUACUUGUGGUAAACUGCAGUUUGUUUAAUCCGACGCCGUCGCUUUCGGCCAUGAUUGUGAAUCAUUACAAGCUUAGGGGGAAUAUUAUGAGCUAUAAUCUCGGAGGAAUGGGGUGUAGUGCUGGCCUUAUCUCCAUUGAUCUUGCAAAGCAGCUUCUCCAGGUGCAUCCAAACUCCUAUGCUCUGGUGGUGAGCAUGGAGAACAUAACACUCAACUGGUACUUUGGCAAUGACCGCUCAAUGUUGGUCUCCAACUGCCUCUUCCGCAUGGGGGGUGCCGCGAUCCUCCUCUCCAAUCGUUCCUCUGACCGCCGCCGCUCCAAGUACCAGCUCAUCCACACUGUCCGCACCCACAAGGGCGCCGACAACAAGUGCUACAACUGCGUUUUCCAAAAGGAAGACGACACCAAACGCAUUGGUGUUUCCCUCUCCAAGGACCUCAUGGCGGUCGCUGGAGAAGCCCUCAAGACCAACAUUACAACCCUCGGUCCCCUAGUUCUCCCAAUGUCGGAGCAGCUCCUCUUCUUUGCUACUCUCGUCGGAAGAAAGAUCUUGAAGAUGAAGAUAAAGCCUUACAUCCCGGACUUCAAGUUGGCCUUUGAGCACUUUUGCAUUCACGCUGGUGGAAGAGCCGUUUUGGAUGAACUGGAGAAGAAUCUUGAGCUGAGUGACUGGCAUAUGGAGCCUUCAAGGAUGACACUCAACAGAUUUGGAAACACUUCUAGUAGUUCUCUUUGGUAUGAAUUGGCUUACUCUGAGGCCAAAGGGAGGAUCCGAAAAGGCGAUCGGACAUGGCAGAUUGCAUUCGGUUCAGGGUUCAAGUGCAACAGUGCUGUGUGGAGGGCAUUGAGGACUAUCAAUCCUGCCAAGGAGAAGAAUCCUUGGAUUGAUGAGAUUCAUGAAUUUCCUGUUAAUGUGCCUCAACUGGUCUCCAUUGCUUCUUUGAAGUGAUGAUUAGUCUAAUUCUUUCUUUAUGUGUUUGGAACUCAGUGUCUAUAGGACGUUAUUGGGGAGUUCAUUGGGGCGUUUACUUCCUUUUACAUGUGAUUCUUUAAGGGGAAUUAAAGAAAUUAGUGUCACCAAAAUGGUCCUUUUUUUUUUUAACUUAAGUGAAUGUUUCUAUCUGAGUAAUAAGUGGGAUUUUUUCCAUACAUGUUUA